AUGGCUUCUCUACAGAGAUUCGUUAUCUCCGUUCUCCUGAUCCUAACGGUCACUUUCGUCUUCUUCGCGCAGGCCACCGAGGCGGCGAAGGGACCGAAGAUCACUCACAAGGUCUACUUCGACAUCACUCAUGGUGAUGAGGAGCUCGGCCGCAUCACCAUCGGUCUCUAUGGCAAGACAGUCCCCAAGACUGCAGAGAACUUCCGUGCCUUGGCUACCGGCGAGAAGGGCUUCGGCUACGAGGGCUCGGCCUUCCACCGUGUCAUUAAGCAAUUCAUGAUCCAGGGAGGAGACUUUACCAACGGUGACGGAACCGGUGGCAAGUCCAUCUAUGGCCAGAAAUUCCCCGACGAGAACUUCAAGCUCAAGCACACCCGCAAGGGCCUCCUCAGUAUGGCAAAUGCUGGCAAAGAUACAAAUGGUUCGCAGUUCUUUAUUACAACUGUAGUAACUAGCUGGCUCGAUGGCCGACAUGUCGUCUUCGGAGAGGUUCUUGAGGGUUACGACAUCGUCGAGAAGAUCGAGAACUGCGAGAAGGGAGCUGGAGACAAGCCCGUGAAGACUGUGAAGAUUGCUAAGAGCGGCGAACUUCCAGUGCCAGAUGAAGGUAUCCAUGCGGAACUCUAA